GAAGUGAGCAAGUGUGGUUUGAUUGAUUUAUUUUUGAACGGAAGAUUUCUAUCAGAAGGGUUUUAGAUAAGCAACUAAAGCUCUUGUGGCGAAUGAGUUAUAUAAAUAAGCGAAACGCAGAUUACAGGCAGCUAACAUGUCAUUGGGGGCAAUGCAUUGCACCCGAUGUACAGAUGGUUUUGAACCAAAUGAAAAAAUAGUCAACUCAAAUGGCGAGUUAUGGCAUACACAGUGUUUUGUCUGUGCCCAGUGCUUCCGACCUUUUCAAGAUGGCAUUUUCUACGAGUUCGAGGGUCGCAAAUAUUGUGAACGUGAUUUUCAUGUUCUAUUUGCACCCUGUUGCAAUAAAUGCGGCGAAUUCGUUAUUGGUCGCGUAAUUAAGGCCAUGUCGGCCAGUUGGCAUCCACAGUGCUUCCGUUGCCAAUUGUGUUCCAAAGAAUUGGCCGAUUCUGGUUUUAUACGCAAUCAAAAUCGUGCUCUGUGUCACGAAUGCAAUGCCAAGGUAAAGGCUGAAAUCACUGGACGUUAUGUUUGCCAGAAAUGCCAUGGCCUUAUUGAUGACGAACCACUGCGUUUCCGUGGUGAAGUUUACCAUGGCUAUCAUUUUAAUUGUACAGCAUGUGGUCAGGAACUGGAUUCAACGGCCAGAGAAGUUAAAAGCCGUCCCGGUUUGGCAGCUAAUGAUAUGAACGAAUUGUAUUGCCUACGUUGUCAUGAUAAAAUGGGCAUUCCCAUUUGUGGCGCUUGUCGUCGACCCAUCGAGGAGCGUGUUGUUACAGCGCUGGGCAAACAUUGGCACGUUGAGCAUUUCGUUUGUGCCAAAUGUGAGAAGCCCUUCUUGGGACAUCGUCACUACGAGAAACGUGGUCUGGCAUAUUGUGAAACUCAUUAUCAUCAAUUGUUUGGCAAUUUGUGUUUCGUUUGCAAUCAAGUCAUUGCAGGAGAUGUAUUUACAGCCUUGAAUAAAGCCUGGUGUGUUCAUCAUUUCGCUUGUUCCGUGUGCGACAUGAAAAUGACACAAAAGUCGAAAUUCUAUGAAUACGAUGAGAAGCCAGUAUGCAAGAAAUGCUAUGAACGCUUCCCCAAUGAAUUAAGAAAGCGAUUGCGUACCGCCCAUGAGAAUACCAUGAAUAAAAAGAUAUAGAAUGGAAGGGUCUUCCAGGACAUUUGAAUCCCAAAAAAAGAGAAUAGAGAACCUAAUCAACAAACUAAAUACAAAAACCCCCAUUGCGAUUUUGUAACAACAUAGAAAUAGUGCCUUAACAAAUUUAACACAGGAAUUUUUUGAAAUAGUCACAGCAUGAGAAUGAUUGGGAAUAAGGCUAGGAUGGAAUGCUUGAGCAGCACUCCCUAUGUGCCGAACCAUGAGAACUGUUUGUUGUUUAGUAAUUUUUGUAUACCUUAAAACAAUCAACAAAACAAAACAAUCAAAAACAAUCAACAAUUGUUAAAACAAAAACCAAUGCGAAUAAUUAGUUGUUUUAAACUAACAUAACAUUUUUUUUUUAAAUAAAUAAUAAAUUUUGUGCCGAUAUUGAAA